CUAAACAACAUGGCGCUAAAAAUGACUGUGAAAGUAUUGAGCGCGAACGGUUCAAGUUCUUGCAUAUUUUCGCCAGAAAUAAACAUGCUGUGUGUAUCACUUCUGACAUAUUUCGUCUCCCAGAAUGCUGGUCUCGUUUGAAAUAUCUCCGAAAGUUAUCCUAAAUUUCUACCAGGCAACAUCUAUUAUGACAGCUAUUCCCCGCUAAACACAAAUGCUGUUCCAGGAAGGAGAAGACGUGAAAUAAAGGAACCUUGGGCUAGCAGUUUGCGACAAUAUGGAUAACUCCAAGUGGGGUGCUCAAAGGGGCUGGAAAAGGAUAUCAGUGAAGAGAGAAAUUCCUGGAGAAUCAUUUGACAACGAAUAUGAGAUGCAGGAGACUUGGGAACCCUCAGUUAAGCAGGUGAAGCAGGAGCAGCCAUUUAUGGACACAGAAAUUGGCAACAUGCAUGAAGGACAGUUUGCGCCAAACACAGCAGUGAAGUAUGAGGCAGAGGAGUGGGGCCGGGACUCGGACAGUGGGAUUGUCGAGGAGUGCCCGUCUGAGUUCAUUUCGAGCAAACUUCUGAAAGAGGAAGAGUCGGAGUUGGAGUCAGACAGCGGCAUUUCAGAGGAGUGUGCUGCACAGGCCAGCACCCAACCGGGUCACGUUCAGAGCCCCCACGAGACAUUCCUCGAGGAGGAAAUUAUGUGGAGGUUCAGCGAGGAUUCUUAUGGCACCUGCGAUCCGCUGUCCACCGAAGAGGAACGGCAGCCCGAGAUGCCACUCGAAGUCGCCAUCAAGGAGGAGCAGCCAGACAGUGGGGAUGAAGCUGAAAGAGGACAUCAGCAGUUCGAAGACUUGCUGACGAAGAGGGGGAAGUUGCCAACACCUUACUGGGGGCCGCGCGUCCUCAGUGUCCGGGCCCCGGAAGACUCGCCCGUGGGGGAUCGACUUCCGAGCGGACACACGGAUCUGUGUGCUGCGGGCCCACCUCUGAACAACUACGUGGCCCCGUGCCCUGCGGACCCACCUCCGGAAGGCUAUGCGGCUCCACCGCCACCCCCCGACUACUGGGAUGCCAGGCCGCACAGACUGCCCAAGACGUACCACUGCCCCUUGUGCGUACGGUGGUUCACCAGCGUGCCGCACCUCAGGCGCCACUACAACACAGCCCUCCACAAGCGCCUCGCCGUGGAGAAGGGGCAGCCUGCUGUGCCCUACUGCAAAAAGUCAAGGCGGUCACGGGCUGUUUUCCUCAAGACCCUCUCUCAUGACGACACCGGAGGGGGCGGCAGGAAGCCGCCAGAACUGGGAGCUUGUGCACCAGCACUGCCACUGCCAGGGGCACAGAGAUUGCUGCAACCACCACCACCACCACCACCACCACCACCACAGUCCCAGGGGCCGCCACCACCACCGCCACUGCCACCACCACCAAAGGUGUUACCACCAUCACUGACGUCGGGCAUCAGGAACACGUCUAGGGCACAGGUGGGCCCACCAACACUGCAGCAGCCACAACUGAUGCCACAACUGAUGCCAGAUGGAGGCAGAGCACCGGCAUACGUGCCACAGCCUUUCUGCUCGUACGAGUACGAGUGGCAGCGACACAAUGUGCCCAGGCUGUUCGGGUCCCAGUUCUGCCAGCCACCGUGGGUACCUGAUGGUCCCCAGGACAGCCUCGCAUGCCAGAUGAGGUGGGAUAUGAUGCACUCCCAGCAGCAGCAGUACCUGUACCAGCAGCGAGUGCACGAGCAGCACAAAAUACGGCACCGAAUACAGCAGCAGGAGCAGCACGACCUCUGCCUGCAACACCUUCAGAAGCAGCAGCAGCAGCUCAUGCAUCCUCGUAGGUCAGGCGACAGCUCACAGUCAUUGUCCGUACCGACUACAAGUGUUACCAGUUCUGCAGUUACUGUCGCUCCUGACAGUAGUGGUAGAGGCGGUGCUGUGCGAAAGACCGUCUCGUCCUUCCCACCUGAUGACACCCCUUUCAGGAACGGCAGACAGAAUGCUUUCCGGAUCGUGCCGCAGAUGGUCUGCGAAAGUAAUUUACGUGACAGUGUGAGCCGGACCCGUCCGCAGUCUGGCCAGUCUGGCAUGCCACAGUCGACACCCGUCACGGCCGGUCAGUGCAGAGAUGAGGCAGUUCUUCUCCCCAGACACAUCGAGAAGCUGCAGUCUCAGUACCCCGGCAUCACAAUAUGUGCAGCCGAGUCAAAACGUUCUUCUCCUCCCACUCCCACUGUUACGGCAACGGUCGCCUCGCCGGACGGCUCACCCAAGUUGGGACGCGUGUGUCCCGUCUGUGGUGUGUCCUUUGACAGCGACUCUACCUUGCGGCGGCACGUCGUCAUCUCCCACUCUGGUGGCACAUACUUAGAGUGCGAGCUCUGCGGGGCGGUGCUCCCCGGCCUCGUGACAUACCGAGCCCACCUCAUGGAGCACGGUGCUGGAGCCGAUGCCGGCAAACGGCACUCUUGCGACGAGUGCCCCAAGAGGUUCACUAACAGAGCACACCUGGCCCGCCACAAAAUGUUGCACUCUGGGGAGCGGCCAUACGUCUGUCACGUCUGCAGCAAGGGCUUCAUUCGCAAGGACCACAUGCUCAAGCACGCCAAGGUGCACGACUGCCGUUGUGCCUUCUGCGUCCCCGGUGUCGUGUAUGAUUCCGCGUGAGUCUUUGCGGCUCCUGUGUUGUUGUGAGAACUCUGUUUCACUCGCAGUAAUGUGUUUAUUUUGCACUGCCAAUUGAGAUAGUCCUAAAAUGAUGUCUGGGGUUCCCAUAUAGUUCACCAGUAGUCACAGUUCCCAUAUUUUUUCAAGCAAUAUAAGAACACUUUGGAAAUAUUGCAUAAAAAAUCUAGGGCAGAUGAGUCAAACUCGGUACAUGAUUGUAUAUUCAGCCAGAGAGAAACACUACAAAUAUUUUUUGGACAAAAUUGGACACACACAACAUUAAUGGUGAUACAACUCGGAUACCAACACAUGUAUUACAAUGGUGUUCAUGUUGCAAAUGCGAAUCAUUUUCACUUGCCUUAGUUGUUGUUGUUGUUGUUGUUAUCUCCAGUCCAAAGACUGAUUUGGUGCAGCUCUUUGUGUUGUUGUUCUGUUCUGCAUGUCUCUUUUUUGCUUCUGUCUAAACAUGUUCUUCUGAAGUGCCACACUCCAAAAGCUUUCAUUCUCCUCUCAUCAGAGUUUUUUAUUGUCCACCCUUUACUUCUGUUCAAAGCUAUGUAUAGUCUUUUUCAGCAGUGCUUUUCUUACUAUCACCAUUCAGCAUUUUAGACAAUGUGUGCAAAUAUUCACUGUACAAAUACUACAAGUACCAAACUGAAGUGGAUGAAGCAGGCUUUCGAUAGGAAGUAGGUACAACUGCUUUAUCUGUGUAUACAUCUUAAGUAAUCAGCUCAAAACCCACAUUCACAGAAGAAUUGAUAAUUACUGAACUAAACUGUGCCAAUGUAGCAUUAUCUAUUAUUUGUGAUGUAUCAUGUGCUGUGAUUAUUGGCUCUAUUUUAGUUUGAGAGCAUGAAAACUUCAUUAGUUCUUGUUUGUGGGUGAGACAAAUGUGUCAUAAGACUGUAUAUGAUGAUGAUGCUCAUAACAUUUGUUUUAUUUGUACCAUCAGGCUGUUUGCUAAUGCCUAUAGGAGCAAAAAAUACUAAUUGCCCAUAAAAUUAAGUGCUUGUUUCAAAUAAAAAAGUGGCUGAUGUGUGUAAUUGGCUUCCUCCGAGUAGUUCACUAUAGGUCUCAAUGUGAACAGUAAAAGAAUUGAAUAAACCUGUCAGUCGACAAUGGAGUGUGCGGAGUUUUGAAACUGCCUGGCAUAUUUAAACUGUGUGCCAACUGGGACUCACCCUUAGCUGGCCGUGCCUGGGACUCACCCUUAGCUGGCCGUGCUCUUACCAGCUGAGCUAGCCAGGCAUGACUCAAGCCCUACCUUCCAAACUUCACAGGAGCUCUUCCAAAUACCUCAUUGCUGGGCUAGCACUCCCAGAAUAGAGGAAUGGCUGCCUGCUGCAGCUGAGGCUGAGGGUUUGGAUCCCAGUUGGUGCACAGUUUUAAUCUGCCAGUAAUUUUAUUAGAAUGAUUUCGGCGGCAAGCUGACAUGGUUCAUUCGAUACCAUUUCUCGGCACUGCUGUGCAAUCGAACUUGCUGUAUAGAGCCUAAACACACGGUAUACAGGAUGCCCACACGAAACCACAUCGAUUCCCAUAUGCAAUUUUUAAGAAAUUUGUGAGAGACAGAUACUGCAGUUUGCAGCACCUAUGCACGUGAGCACAUCUGGUGUAACAGAGGCUCAGUAAGUGUAAUUCUGUGGAGAUCACUGCAGUUAUGUGCAGGUGAUGUUGUCGCCUUCCACGUAAUCCCACAGGGAGAAGUCUGGAGGGCUCGUGUCCUGAGAUCGCCGUGGUGCAGCGUGGCGGAGUUUGAAAUUCCGUCUGCUGUUAAACUAUUUGUUAUUGUCAUCACAUUCAAAAUUCAUAUGCUCAUUUCGCAUGCACAGUAGCCAGAAAUCUGUCCAAAUCCGACCCGAGUUAAACGUUUCCACAGUCAUUAAAUUCCACCACUAACAGGAGUUAUUACAUUCAGUCCUUCUAGUGGAUUUAAAAAAGGAAAUUGCUUGCCAAAAAUUCCCAGUGAUUGAAUACUGAAACGUGCUGCAGAUACUAUGUAGGCCAAAUUUUCACAUGCAGAUAUCAUUCCAACAACACAGUUCUAAAACUUUCAAACUUCACAAAACUCUCUGUAACUACAUCAGCGUUAGUCACGACAUGUAUCAAACACGAGGAACUCAGUAUUCCUUCAUUUUACACAUUGUUUUCACU